AUGGCUCUUGCAAAGAAGUGGAGCCAGAAGGGCCAUCUUGCAAUGAACGAGAUAGUGACCAGAGAAUACACCAUCAACACACACAAGUGCAUCCAGGGAGUGGCCUUCAAGAAGUGUGCCCCUGGGGUACUCAAACGGAUCCAGAAGUCUGCCAUGAAGAAGAUGGAAACUCCAGAUGUGCACACUGGCACCAGUCUUGGUAAAGCUGUCUGGCCCAAAGGAAUAAGCCAUGUCUCACACUAUGUCCACGUCCUCUUGUUCAGAAAAUAUAAUGAGCAUGAAGAGUCACAUCAGCUCUAUAUGCUGGUUAGCCAUGGACCUCUCACUACUUUAAAAAAACCUAGAGUUAAUGUGGAUGAGAACUAA